CGCACCCGAGACCUGCGCUCACACGGGGAGAGAUUAGACAUUUGUAUUCUUUAAUGAGUUUUACAUAUAGAACAAUCCACGUGUUUUUAUUCGUGUAAAUACAUUUAAGAAAAAUGUUUUGGUCUUUGGACCUAGCUUUUAAAUUCCGUCUUUGGAGUCGCUUGCUUUCAGUGCAGCGCGCGUGAGCUGAUUCACCUGCUCGAGACGCGCUUCCGCCCGAUAGAUAUUGUCAGUAGAUAUGAAAGGUGUUGUAAAUUAUUGUUUCACAUGAGUUCGUGGGAAUAAGCAGCAGACGGUGUUGAAGAAGUCGUGGACAUGGAUGCGGUACCGAAAGAUGGGGCCAGUUUGGCUGACCCCAGCAAGACGGACACACUCAACUCAACGGGUUCAGCAGGGCAAAGGAGAGCUGGAGGAACCAAGAAGCACACACAAGCUAACAAAUCAGCCCUUCGUGCACCCAGAGCUCUGUGCUGCCUCACUCUCAGCAACCCUAUACGCAUGGCAGCACUGGCCCUGGUGGAGUGGAAGCCUUUUGAUAUAUUCAUAUUAUUGGCCAUCUUUGCUAACUGUGUUGCCCUUGGUGUGUCCAAACCAUUUCCUGAAGAUGAUUCCAAUGCCACCAACCACAAUCUGGAACAAGUGGAGUAUGUGUUUCUGGUCAUUUUCACCAUCGAAACAUUCACAAAGAUUCUGGCGUAUGGUCUGGUCAUGCAUCCCAGCGCCUACAUCCGCAGCGGCUGGAACUUGCUGGAUUUUGUCAUUGUCAUUGUUGGUCUUUUCAGCGUUAUAGCUGAGAUGGGCGAGCACAAACCCGGAGAGGCCCAUCACGCUGCAGGUAAACCAGGCGGUCUGGAUGUCAAAGCGCUGAGAGCUUUCAGAGUACUGCGACCCUUGCGCCUGGUGUCCGGUGUGCCGAGUUUGCAGAUUGUGUUGAACUCCAUCAUGAAGGCCAUGGUGCCUCUGCUCCACAUCGGUCUGCUGGUCAUGUUUGUCAUCAUCAUUUACGCCAUCAUUGGGCUGGAGCUCUUCAUAGGCAGGAUGCACAAGACCUGCUUCUAUGUAGGAACAGAUCUAAUGGUGGACGAUGAUCCAACGCCAUGUGCUUUUGCUGGUAAUGGUCGAUUCUGCGUGGGGAACAACACCGUGUGUCGGGGAGGAUGGGAGGGACCCAAUGGAGGCAUCACCAACUUUGACAACAUCUUCUUUGCCAUGCUGACUGUGUUCCAGUGCAUUACUAUGGAGGGCUGGACUGAUGUGCUCUACUGGAUGAAUGAUUCCAUCGGGUUUGAGCUGCCUUGGAUUUAUUUUGUGUCUCUGGUCAUUUUUGGAUCUUUCUUUGUCCUCAAUCUUGUUUUGGGUGUGUUGAGCGGUGAGUUCUCUAAAGAGAGAGAGAAGGCCGUGUGUCGCGGUGAGCUGCAGGAGGCCCAGGAGAAACAGCAGAUGGAGGAGGACAUGAUCGGUUACAUGGACUGGCUCAUCGAAGCAGAGGACAUGGAUGAGGAUGGAAAUAAACGUGCUGUGGUGGCUAAGAAAAAGAUGAUGAAGAAAUAUGGCUGGUACAAACACAGUGAAGAUGGAGAAUCGGAUUCAGACUCUGAGUUUGAAGCGUUCCUGGAUGAUGACGGUGGCUGCUGUGCAUCUAUAAUGGCACGACUGAUGGCUAUAAGCUUCUGUGAGCAGCUGUACCACUUGAAUCUGGUCAUCAGGAAGAACUGCCGUGUGGCUGUCAAAUCCACCAAUUUCUACUGGCUGGUGCUGCUGCUGGUGUUCCUCAACACUGCCGCCAGCGCCUCUGAGCACUACGGCCAACCCCAGUGGCUCACUGACAUACAGGAACAAGCAAAUAAGAUCCUUCUGGCUCUGUUUACGCUGGAGAUGCUGAUGAAGAUCUACAGCUUCGGCUUUCAGAUCUACUUCAUGGCGCUCUUCAACCGUUUCGAUUGUUUCGUGGUGUGUGGUGGGAUUCUGGAGACGGUGCUGGUGGAGAUGGAUGUGAUCCCGCCCAUCGGGAUCUCUGUGCUGCGCUGUGUCCGUCUGAUCCGUAUCUUCAAAGUCACAAGACACUGGGCUGCACUAUCAGACCUGGUGAGCUCUUUGCUGAACUCUAUGAAGGCCAUUUGCUCCCUGCUGCUGCUGCUCUUCCUCUUCCUCAUCAUCUUCGCUCUCCUGGGCAUGCAGCUCUUUGGCGGAAAGUUCAACUUUGAUGAGACUCAAAUGAAAAGAAGCACCUUUGACACUUUUCCAUCUGCCCUGCUCACCUGUUUCCAGAUCCUAACAGGAGAGGACUGGAACUCCGUCAUGUAUGAUGGCAUCAUGGCGUAUGGAGGACCAAUAUUUCCCAAUAUGAUUGUCUCUAUUUACUUUGUCAUUCUUUUUGUCUGUGGUAACUACAUCUUGUUGAAUGUCUUCUUGGCUAUCGCUGUGGACAACUUAGCCGGAGACGGAGGCAAAAAGAAAAAAGAAGAGAAAAAAGAAGAGGAGGAGGAAUGGGAGGAUGAUGAAGACAGAGAGGAAGACGAAGCUGGAAAUGAUGUGGACGAUUGGGAAGAGAACGAAGAGUUGAGAGCAAUUGAAGGACUUGAGGGUAUAGGCACUCCAAUGAAAGUUGAAAGUUUUCAACCCAAAGAGAAAAUUGUACCCAUUCCUGAUGGAAGUUCCUUUUUCAUCCUUGGAAAGAAAAACUGUCUCAGAGUCGCCUGCCACAACCUCAUUCAUCAUCAUUACUUCACCAACUUCAUCCUCAUCUUCAUCAUAUUCAGUAGUUUUUCAUUGGCUGCUGAAGACCCAAUCAAAACUCAUUCUGUCAGGAACGUUAUGCUGGGCUAUGCUGAUUAUGUCUUUACCACCGUCUUCACUAUUGAGAUCAUGUUGAAGAUGACUGUGUAUGGAGCUUUCCUUCAUCAAGGCUCCUUCUGCAGAAACGCCUUCAACCUGCUGGACCUUCUAGUCGUCAGCGUAUCCCUCACCUCUUUCUUCUUGCAUUCAAGUGCCAUUUCUGUGGUGAAGAUUCUUCGAGUAUUGCGAGUGCUCAGGCCUCUUCGAGCCAUCAACAGGGCAAAGGGACUCAAGAGCGUGAUUCAGUGUGUGUUCGUGGCCAUCCGCACUAUUGGCAACAUCCUCAUCGUCACCACUCUCCUCCAGUUCAUGUUCGCUUGUAUUGGUGUGCAGCUUUUCAAGGGCCGGUUCUACAGAUGUACAGAUGAGGCGAAACAUACACCUGAAGAGUGCAAGGGCACAUUUGUGGUGUUCAAAGAUGGUGAUAUGAACCAUCCAAUGGUGAGGGAGAGAGUUUGGGAGAACAGCGACUUUACCUUUGACAACGUGUUGAUGGGGAUGCUGGCGCUCUUCACCGUCUCCACGUUUGAGGGCUGGCCACAGCUCCUAUAUAAAGCCAUUGAUGCUAAUGCAGAGAACAGAGGCCCCAUCUAUAACUACCGUGUUGAGAUUUCCAUCUUCUUUAUCAUCUACAUCAUCAUCAUCGCCUUCUUCAUGAUGAACAUCUUCGUGGGUUUUGUCAUCAUCACCUUCCGUGAGCAAGGAGAGGCUGAGUUUAAAAACUGUGAACUAAAUAAAAACCAGCGGCAGUGUGUGUAUUACGCAUUGAAAGCUCAGCCCAUAAAGAUUUACAUCCCCAAAAACCCCUCUCAACUCAAAUUCUGGAAGAUCAUCAAUUCCUCUCAGUUUGAGUACAUCAUGUUUUUGCUCAUUCUGCUCAACACGCUCACACUGGCUGUACAGCACUAUGAGCAAUCCAAACUCUUCAACUUUGUGAUGGACAUCCUGAACAUGAUCUUCACUACGCUCUUUACUGUUGAGAUGAUCAUCAAACUUCUGGCUCUGAGACCUUACCACUAUUUUAUAGAUGCCUGGAACUCUUUUGAUGCUCUGAUAGUGGUGGGCAGUUUGGUGGACAUCAUGAUAGCAGAGUUCAGUGGUGGAGGAGGCCAUGGUGAGGGGAAAGAAGGGGAGAGUGCCAAAGUGUCCAUCACCUUCUUCUCUUCAAGAGACUGGACUGUGCUGGGCACUCAUCACCUCGAUGAGUUUAAACGAGUCUGGUCAGAUUACGACCCAGAGGCCACGGGACGGAUUAAACAUCUAGAUGUAGUCACCAUGUUGCGCAGAAUUCAGCCUCCACUGGGCUUUGGGAAACUCUGUCCACAUCGAGUAGCCUGUAGGAGAUUGGUUGCUAUGAAUGUGCCUCUCCAUCCUGACGGCACCGUGUCUUUCAAUGCCACUCUGUUUGCUCUCGUCAGAACGUCACUCAAGAUUAAAACAGACGGCCCCAUUGACCAGCAGAACGAGGAGCUGAGAGCUAUCAUUAAAAAGAUCUGGAAACGCACCAAACCCAAACUUCUAGAGGAAGUUAUACCUCCUCCUUCAGGGAAUGAGGUGACUGCAGGAAAGUUCUAUGCCAGCUUCCUGAUUCAGGACUACUUCAAAAAAUUUCGCAAGCGAAAGGAGAAAGAGAGGAAGAAGAAAGGCAAGGACAAGUCAGCCUCGCUCCAGGCCGGGUUACGCACACUACAGGAUCUGGCCCCAGAGAUGCGGCUGGCUAUAGCGAUGGAGGAUGAGGAAGGGCUGGAGGGGGAGAUGAUGGAAGAAGAGGAGUUCUUCAGGAGUGACAGUGUCUUCAGUGAUGCUCCUCCCACAUCGGCCAUGUCCACUCCCAGAAGCACCCCUAUGCCGCCCCAUCUGGACGAGACCACAGUGAGCAUUGAGCUUCCUCCUAGAGUACACAGUGGGAGCUUUAUGCUGGAGGAGGCCCUGGUGGACUCCCGCCCGGCCUCUGCCCUCUCCGAAAACACAGUGAUAAGUGAACAGCCUCAGAGUUUGUCUCCCCUGCUCAGCAGGUGGGCCUCCAGUCACAGCAAACUCACCCCAUUGUGGAUACUGAAUAACAACCAAAGGACUGACACAACCAGAGCUUGUGACUAUAUUCCUUCCCCAUCCCCGGAUGGAGGAAUGCAAAAUGGAGGAGUCACAGGAGGAGUCAUCACUCCGGGAGGAGUCACAGGUGGAGGUGAAGGAGUCACAGGAGGAGAAGGGGGAGUGAUGGGAGGAGGAGUCACAGCGAUGCCAUAUCCUACAGAGCAAGGCGAUGUCAGCAAGGAGGAGCCUCAGUGUGCAGUCUCAAAUGAUAGACAGUGGUUUCCUGAGGUUCCUCCAGCACAAACACCAGCACUUAAUGUGAGCAGUGAAAGUGUGGCGCCAGUUCAGCCCAGUAACAUUGACAACAACAGUUACCAAGGCAACAGCCAAGAUGCUGGUGGCUACCAUGGCAAUGGUUACCCUGGAAAUGGCUACAAUGUUAAUGGUAACAAUGGGACUGGUUAUCAAGGCAACCAUUACUCCAGCAACGGCUACAGCAGCAAUGGAUACAAUGGUAAUGGUUACCAUAUUAAUGGAUACAAUGCUAACGGAUACAACGGCAACGGUUUCUCUGCACGGCGACGUAUGCUUCCCCCGACUCCCUUAGGUCGAAAGCCAAACUUCAACAUCCAGUGUUUGAGAAGGCAGACCAGUAAUGAAGAUCUGCCCAUUCCAGGCACUUACCAUCAAAACUCCCCACCCUGCAGGGCACAAGCACAGACAAACAACAGCUACGACUCACGGCGGAGCAGCAUUUCAUCUGGAGUUUCUUCGGCCUCUUGGGCAAACAACCAGGCCAGAAGGGGCCGUCUCCUCUACGCCCCCCUCAUUCUGAUGAACGAGGUGGGGGGCACUCAGGCAAUGUGGGGUGACACCAAUGGCAGCGCCAGUCUGCCGGCAUCGGCCCGUCCCGGGUGGAUUGGCAGUGGAAUGGCAGGCGUGGCCCAGCAGCCUCGGGCGUACACCACUCUCAGAGUGCCGUCCCAACACAGCCCCGGAUACAUAGAGAAGGGAAGCGCUGACAGCCUCGUGGAGUCGAUCCUGAUCUCUGAAGGCUUGGGUCAAUAUGCCAAAGACCCCAAAUUUGUUGACUUUGCAAAGCGGGAAAUUGCAGAUGCCUGUCACAUGACUAUUGAUGAAAUUGAGAGUGCUGCAACUGACCUUAUAAGUCGAGGAAGGGCAGGACAAGCGACCGGAUGCUUUGAGGAGGAUCUGUCUGAUGAGAUGAACUGUGUAAUAUCAUACUAAAUGGGCUUCAGUUUGUUGGCGAGGGCAGGACAGAGUGUCAGUGUGAUUGUGAUGAUCUCUGAAUCACAAACUCAAAUACAUUCACCUCUUCAUUUUAAGCUUGGUUGGGCAGAUUUAAUAAUUAUAUUCAUUUGAUUCAGUAGAUAUAAGGAAAUUGUGGUGACCACAUUGACUUCACCCCUGUUGCUUUGCAUAGAAGUUUAGUAAGAGCCUAAACAAACCACAGGAUUACUAUUCAUUUGACUCUCUAAGUUUAAAGUCAAAAUGGACAACUUUUUUUUUUUUUUUUAUGGAAUGUUUCAGCAUUUAUUAUAAAUGAUUUAUGUUGACUUUGCAAAAUGGGAAAUUGCAGAUCACUUGCUAAGACUUCCAAUGACGCCAGCUUUAGAUUAACAUACAACUGUCUAAUAUUAUCCUUAGAGUUAUAACGAUCACAAGCUGUAAUCAUUGCUGUAACAUGUUCAUUAUGUCUGCUUAAGUGAAUACAUGAUGUUUACUGACCAUAUAUACAUAUUUUAUUGCUAUAUAAUACUACCAUAUUGACAUUACUUUUAUAUACUCGCCUCUGGCUGAAUAGAAUACUUCUUGAUUAUAACAUUGAAACAUGCAUUUUCCGUGCAGCUGCUUUGAAACGAUAUGUAUUGUGAAAAGCGCUAUACAAAUAAACUUAUAUUGAAU